UGGUAUUCGGAUUUGUCGAACGACGCCGAAAGGAUAUCGCUGAGUUGUCGCCGACAUGAGCCUGACCAGAAGCUACCUCGUGACCCUUCUACUUUACGUCUCAAUUGUCAACCAGUUACAUCUGCCCCUCGUGAGAUGCCAGGAUGAGGAGAGCCCUCAGUGUAUACCCAAAAAGACUUUCGUGAUUCAGGACGCGAAAAACCGCAAUGACAUGGCGCACUUAAAGGCUUUAACCGAAGGAAGCGGCGAUGACACGGUGAUCCGUAUACCCCCCGCAAUGUAUUUAGAACUGUUUAAAGACCCGGUCCUGCGUGGACAUCUCAUCGGGCACGCGCAAAAACUGCCAGACGUAUCGGGAGGCUUCUUCGACGAUAGCGAAGAAAUUGACGCGGAGCUUUUGGAACCGGGCUCGCAAAAAAGGAGCAUCGCGAUGCUAGCCAAAAACGAUGAUCUGCCGAUCAGCAUUCAGGACCGACUCAAUGAAAACCAGGACGAUGAAGAAAAGAGGACUGUUAUCUCCAGCGGCGAUUCCGAACCAAGCGGCCCGAAAAUUCCCCGGGAAUAUUUCCUGCCUCGCUCGGUGCUGGACGCGGCAGCUCUGACAGCAGAUUACCCGAUGGAGAAGCGAAACGUCGGCACUCUGGCCAGAGAUUUCGCGCUACCACAGGGCAGACGGAACAUCGCGUCGAUGGUGAGGGAUCAAGAACUCCAGGGCAAAGGGAACGCCGCUGAAGAUCAAGCGGUAUCGUUCGCCGGUAAAAGAAACGUCGCUUCCCUGGCCAGAACGUACACGUUGCCCCAAACUGGCAAAAGGAACGUGGGAUCCAUCGCGAGAGAUUACGGGCUUCCGUACGGCAAACGGAACCUCGGCUCCUUGGCUAGAACUGGAGACUUCCCAUGGCGCGAACAGGGAAAAAGGAGCGUCUCCUCUUUGGCGAAAAAUAUGGCCUGGCCUAUUACCCUCAAGAGAGGCAUUUCGAUCCCAAGCAGCGUGAUCCUGAGAGCCAUUUCAAACAGGAGGUCCAAGAAAGAGAUCGACUUCUCCGAGGAGUAUCCUAUGCCGGUCAUGCAGAACACUAACGGUUUCGAUUACGAAGAUAUGAUGGACACCCUCGGCGGUCAGUAUCUGAACGCUGAGAAAAGGUUCAUGGGAACAGGUUCUGUACCAGAGUUGCAGCUGAUGGUAGAACAGUCCGGGUACCCGGAAACAUUUCAAGCAAGUAAAAGACACAUCGGAUCUUUGGCACAAAUUGGUUGGCUUCCACCUUUAGGGGCCUCUCGAUUUUCGCGAUCACCCCGGUAUCUAGUUGGCAGGGAGAAUCCCGGAGAUGAGUCGUCCACGAACAACUCCUCCGCCCCGUCAACAAGGUCUUUAAGGCCACAUUUUAAAGCGGGUUCGCCCCACGUUCAAGCCUUGCACGAAGAUUGUCGACACGGCUUCAAAAGGUUCUUGUUAUCAACGACCGAUAAUUUUCUUAGAAAGAAAUUCCCCAAAAUGCCAUAAACCGACUAUCCAGCUACUCGUCGUGUGCGAAAUUAAUAAUACCGAUAAGCUUAUCUCUACAAUUUUUUCCAACGGGUACAGCAAAAGAUGAAAGCUGAAAAUUCUAAACAUGCUGCUUCGAAGGACUCUACCUUCCGGCCGGCGUACAGAUUUAGGAUACUCUGUCUCAAGUGUAUGGUCAGCGCACAUCAAUUUCUUGUCGCAGAAGAGACCUAGGAUAUGCUUUAUAGGCAUUUUAUAUGAGUUUCCGUUAUAUUUUUUGAAAUAUCGAUAUUGUAAAAAUUUCGUUUAAAGGAUACCACAGAAAUUGUGUUAUAUUCUUCGUAUAAGCUUCGCACGGUUCAUUGAAUGAAGUAAUUUCAUUCACGAAAUGAUCUUUUUAUUAUAAUAGUUGAAUGAAACUCUACAUACCGAAAUUCAUUUCGUUUCGUAUAUGACGUAUAAAAUGUCACUAGUUUGUUUUAUGUAUUAUAAAUAUCUUUUAAUUUGGAUCAUUUUAAUUUUAAUUCUUCAGUCAAUUAAAAAUUUCAAGUAGCUUUCACAAUUUAAGGUUUUCUUAUUAGAUUACAUGUUGUUUCUACGGACAAAUAUAUGGCGAUUAUUAAAUUCCAUUUUUAGUUGCAAUUUUAGUAACAAUUUUUAAUUGAAAUACUUUCGUAGUCGUAUCAAAUUAUUUAUUAGAGAGCAAGACAAUUUGCUGCAGUGAUACUUUGCGUCAGAGCUUGAGUUUUAUACUUUGUUCUUUACAUCAGAAGAUUAGAUAUAUGAGAUAUCUUCGAUGUACUAUCAAUGAAAACAACUUCUAUUAUAAAUAUUAUUACAAAAUUGUAUGUGUUUGACGACAAUUGAAUUACAUAUUAGACAAUAAUCAAUGACAAUAAUAUCGUGUUAGUGUUUAUAAUAACAUUAUAAAGUCAGUAAUAUUAUCAAACGCGCCUCAAGCUCUUUUGCAAGAUCAUAAGUGUCUUUCUGUUAGGAUGUAAAAUAAGUCUAACAAGCAAAAUACGUAAAGUGCUUUUAAUGUUUCUUUAAUCGACAUCUAUUCUUAAAAAACUCGGAACCCCGACUGCGCUGAAAAUACAAAUAUAUUCACCUGACAAUAAAUAAAAUAAACAAUAACAUAGGAUUUGAUAACUUCAGAUGUUUCUGUACUCGAGUUUAAGAAAACAGUCUCUACAAUCGAAAAAUUCGGUCGAAAUGUAACUGAAAGUUUGUCUAACGAAAGAUAAAACGUUCCUCGCGAACCUUUUGGAUAAAUAUUCUAAGAUAUUUUCAUUCGACUUACUAUAUCGCAAUGUUUUAAUGCUUCUCUACAGUAGACAUUUACAAUAGCUGAAAAAUACAAUUAAGGAAGCCGUGACGUGAUCUUCGAUAUACAUAUACCAGUAGUCGGUGUAAAUCUUAGUACUCAGGGCUUACAAGCUCGAUAGUAAUAACGCAAAUUCAGCUUUUAUUUGUUUAUAAUAUAUAUAUAUUUCAUUACUAAUAAGUAGAAGUAAUAGAAUACUGUGUAAUAUGUGUAUAUUAAUGUGAUUUUCAAUCAGGAAGAUUUCGACAUGGUUGUUUCCGAUUGAAUGAUAUCAUCGAUUUAUUACUGAUGCGAUUCGUGCAUAUUGUUGGUUAAUCAUCUUCGAUUUUAUGAUAAUGUAUUUAUGUGUU